UUCCUUCUGUGUUGUAUUGUUGAUAAAAAUGCCUCCACGGUGACCAUGUGCGCUGCAGAAUUUUUACAUUUUAUUUAAUCGUGUCUCAUUUUUAAACCAUAAUGGUAGACGAGUAUGAAACGGAUAAGAAGAAAAGCCAUCGAGAACGACAGGCUGGUCGUAAAGCAGAGAAAAAGAAGAAGAAAAAAGAACUCCAGCAAAAUGAUCAGGAAAAGAGCAAUAAUCCAAAAGCCUUUGCCAUAAAUUCAGUUGUAAGAGCGGAGCGAAAAUUUCGUAGAGGUCAAGAUGUCCAAACAAAAAAGCAGCAUAUUCCUGUUGUUGAUAGAACUCCUUUGGAGCCUCCGCCAAUCCUUGUCGUGGUUGUUGGUCCUCCAAAAGUUGGCAAAACUACACUUAUCCAGUGUUUAAUAAAGAACUUUACCAAGCAGCCCCUGACCUCCAUCAAAGGCCCUGUCACAGUUGUCUCUGGCAAAAAAAGGCGUAUCACUUUUAUGGAAUGUAACAACGAUAUUAACAGCAUGAUUGAUCUGGCCAAAGUGGCUGACUUGGUUCUACUUCUGAUAGAUGCAUCAUUUGGAUUUGAAAUGGAGAUUUUUGAGUUUUUAAAUAUAUGUCAAGUUCAUGGUAUGCCGAAAAUCAUGGGUGUCCUCACUCAUUUGGAUAUGUUGAAAGAAAACAAAACUCUGAGACGAAUAAAGAAGGACCUGAAGCACCGAUUCUGGACAGAGGUUUAUCAAGGGGCAAAACUUUUCUACCUAUCUGGUAUUCUGCACGGAGAGUACCUGAAGAAUGAAGUGAAAAAUUUGUGCAGGUUUAUUUCUGUAAUGAAAUUUAGACCGCUGAUUUGGCAGACUUCUCACCCAUUUUUAAUAGCGGACAGGAUGGAAGACUUGACACCUCCGGAAGAAAUUAGGCAGAAUCCUAAAUGUGACCGUACUGUCAGUUUAUAUGGUUACGUCAGAGGAAUCCCUCUCAAUAGACACAGCACAGUCCACAUUCCUGGUUGUGGCGACUCAAAAUUAGCAGACGUGUGCUUCCUCCCAGAUCCUUGUCCUUUGCCUGACAAGUUGAAAAAACGAAGUCUAGUCGAAAAAGAACGCUUGAUCUAUGCUCCCUUUUCUGGUGUCGGAGGGAUUGUUUAUGAUAAGGAUGCUGUUUAUGUUGAAUUGGCAGGCAGCCAUUCCCACAAAAAAUCAAGGGAAUCAGAACCAGAAAGGAAAUUAGUCAGUUCCAUUGUAGAUACCAAACUAACCUUAGAUGAAAAGAUAGCCCAGAGUGAGGUGCAGCUUUUUUCCAACACAAAACCCAUUGUUGCCUCAGAAUUCCAAGAUGAUUUGAAACCAUGUCCUAAUGAAAGUAUGGAAGUCGACCACCCUAGCCAUAUCAGACAUGAUAAAAACACCAGUUUGGCUGAAAAUGAUGAAGAUGCCAGUGAUAGUGACAACUCAGACAGUGACGAUGAAAUGCAUGGUGCGGAAAAUGAAGUAACAAGCGAUGAUGGUGCAGAUAGUUCUGAUGAAGAUGAAGGCAAUGAUGCAGAAGUAGACAGUGAUUACAGCUCUGCAAACGAUCACGAUGAAAGUAUGGGAGAGAGCUGUGAGCGUCUGGAACACGGUGAAGAAUCAGAAACCGACAAUGACUCAGACAGUGAUGGUAGUGUGUUUGAAGCUAAGGACUCAAAUGUCAAUUGGAAGAGUAAUUUAGCUAUGAAAGCAGCCGAUGCAUUUGUUGAGCGGCAAAACAGUUCAGCCAACCUUUGGAAUCUUGUCUAUGGAUACAACCCAAUGGAUCAAUCCAGUGAUUCAGAAGACAAUGAAAAUGAGAUCGGUGGCUUGUUUCGGGUUGUGAGACAAAAGCAACAAUCGAAGUUGGAAGAAAAAGAUACCAUGGAUAGUGUGGACUCUUCUAAGUUUCCCAUCAAGCAGCUGAAAGAUUGGACCAAUGAAUCGAUAAAAGAAAGUAUCCGAGAUUGUUUUGUAACUGGAAAAUGGAAAGCGUCAGAAGAUGCUUCAGAGCUGCUCCGACUAGAUGAUCUCACCGAUGAAGAUGAAGAGCUUUAUGAUGACUUUGAAGAUCUGGAAACUGGUGAAAAGCACACAGUAGAAUCGGCGAAGAAACCCAGCAAAGAUGAUGAUGAAACAGAACUGGACGACAGCAAAGAACCAGAGGAGCCAAUGACAAAAGAAAAACUCAUGGAGAAGAAGCGAAAGCUGAAAGAAAAGUUUGAUGCUGAAUAUGAUGAUAAAACAGGCGAAGGCUCUUCAUACUAUGACGACUUGAAGCAGGAGGCAUCAAAACAGGCGGAACUGAACAAAAGCAUGUUCGAGGGGCUAGAAGAUGAAGUCCGAGUCGAAUUGGAAGGUUUCAGAUCGGGGAUGUAUGUGAGGAUGGAGUUGACGCAGAUGUCCUGUGAGCUAGUCACUAAUUUUGAUCCAACCUAUCCUUUAAUAGUAGGAGGAUUGCAGUCAGGAGAGGAAACUAUCGGAUAUGUUAAUACACGUGUCAAGAAGCAUCGAUGGUAUGGCAAGAUAAUGAAAACAAACAACCCACUCAUCAUAUCGCUGGGAUGGAGACGCUUCCAGACUAUCCCUGUUUAUUCAAAACUUGAAGAUAACCUCAGGCACAGGAUGUUGAAGUAUACUCCGGAGCAUGUUACAUGUCAUAUGCAUUUCUGGGGCCCUAUUACUCCAGCAGGAUCCGGUUUAUUGGCAGUGCAGGACGUUGCCACGAGAGAGCCUGGUUUUAGAAUUGCACUCACUGGUUCGGUUGUGGACACCAAUCAAACCACAAAAAUCACCAAAAAACUGAAACUGACGGGAGAGGCAGACAAAAUUUUCAAGAAGACAGCCUUCGUUAGCGGAAUGUUCACGUCAACUCUAGAAGCUGCCAGAUUCGAAGGUGCUAAAAUUAGGACAGUCUCUGGAGUCAGAGGCAUGAUCAAGAAAGCUCUUCCAAAACCAGAGGGUGCUGUGCGAGCCACAUUUGAGGAUACCGUUUUAAAAAGUGAUAUUAUAUUUUGUCGGACUUGGUACCAAGUUGAAGUGAAGAAAUUCUACAAUCCUGUCACAUCAUUACUUUUAUCACCCGAUGCGAAAAAUGCGUGGAAGGGCAUGAAAACGGUGGGAGAACUGAAAAGAGAACGUGGUAUCAGGAGUGAGCCGCAGUACGAUAGUAUGUACACACCAAUCAACAGAAAGCCCAAAUUCUUCAAACCAUUGAAAGUUCCUAAAGAGCUCAAAGCAGCUCUCCCUUACAAGGAUAAAACCAAGGACUUCUACACUGGUCGCUCUAAUUUGAAGAAACAGCGAGUUGCUGUAGUUCGCAAUGAACAUGAAACAGAGAUUGCUGCACUAAUGCGUAGAAUAUCAACAAAUUACAAGGAAAAACGGAAAAAGCAGCAAGAAGCCACCCACGCUCGAAUUGAAGCAUUGAAGAAGAAGAAACAGGCAGAGGAACUGAAGGCACUUAAAAACCAGAAGAUAAUGAAGAAGAAAAUCUUCACUAUUCUUGGAAAAGAAGAAAAGAAGAAACAACAGAAAGAAGCCCGAUCCAAGCGCUAGUUUGUCUUUCAAGUUUUUUUAAAAUAAUUUUCGCAUUUUAUUUCAUAAGUAUUUCAAUUUUAAGUUAGUGUUUUUUUUAAAAAAAAAUAAAAAAAUUGUUAAGACUGGAACUAUA